GGGCCAGGGAUCCGGCCUGAGCUCAGUGACAGUGCUGAAUCCUUAAGUGCUGGGCCACCGGGGAACCCUGCACCCCUCUGGCCCCAGACAGGAGCCCUCAGGUCACCCUCGCUCUGUCUGUCCUGUGGGUCCAGCUCCCCACGGCUGCUGCUGGGGCCUGUGGGCGCUGUCAGAACAUGUGGGAUGUGUGGUGGCCGGGAGUCCCCAGUUAAGCCAAGGCACGAGGAGCUGCCUGGGACUUGCUUAGGGUCAGGUGGCUUACAGUGACAUGUGCUUUCAGCAAGGCCAAUUCCUGGAGUUCCCUGGUGGCUCAGCGCUUAAGGACGGGGAGUUGUCACUGCUGUGGCUCACCCGGCCUGGGAAUGAGCAGGUCGUGGGUGCAGCCAGAAAGAAAAAAGAGGCCAGUUCCUGCCCCAGCCCCACUACAGGGUCAGGAGCCAGCCGGGGGCCCAGUGAAUCCAGCUGUCCGCGGACUGCCGCACAGGCCUGUCGUCUCCAAGGCCAGUACCGGGUGCCAGCGUUGUCCUUGUGCUAAGGCUCCAGGAGGCAGGGAAGGCAUUGGCUCUGCCAGGCCUGGGGCCUUCAGAGUUGUGCUGAGCAGUGCAGCCUCCAUGGCCCCGAUCUUGCUUUGUCAGGCUGGAGCCGCUCUAGCCUGGUGUCCCUGUCCCCGCAGGUAACAGUGGCCCUUUGGGACGAGCGUCUCCUCUGUCCUGCCCACUGCAUUCCCAGGCCUGACACCAGCUUCAGGCAGGCUGGGCCACAGCCCCCCCGCCCUCCUCUUUGGCCUGUUCUGCACGGGGGCCCUAACGUGGGUCCCGUUUCUGGGGCUUUGCCUUCUUAGCCAGAGGAUUCUGUUUGCCACAGAGGAAGAAGGGACGAGAUGCUCGGCUUUAGCGCCGUGGGGACAGACAGGCCAAGCGCCCCCCCACCUGGGCUCCACCGGGCCCACCCCGCUGGGGCAGGCUGUGCUCUUGGUCACAAGGGGGGCUUCUUGCCUGGUACUGGGCUGGCCUUGCCUUUGCCUCCCCAGCCAGGAGGCAGACCCGCUGGACUGGCCUGGCAGGAUGGUAGUGCCAGCUGCCAGGCACGGACACACCUGCUCUGCGUCCCUUCGGACUUGUUUGUGGACAAGUGUGGUAAAACCCAGUGUCUCAGGUCACACAUCACCCAACAGGUGCAGAGGUGUGCCAGGAGCUGCCACCAGGAGGGGGCACCUGUGUGAGGGUCGGGGAGGUCCCCAGUGACCGGGGGUUGGCUGUAACCCAGUGGUGCCCUCCGCCCUGCCCCCCGUUCCCUGUAGGGUCAGCCGUGGUGCUGGUAUUUCCUCCUGCUGCCUGCGUUUGCUUGGCAGAGCCUUAGGGGAGGAGGGCGGGGAGCCAGCCUCCUGUGGGCAGUGCUCGCCUGUUCUGCGGGAAGCUGCGUGGGGAACAGACCUCAGAGGGGGCAGUGGGGUCUGGCUGUAAUGACACAUUUUAGCCAGAGCCUCCGGUGCUGUCUGCGUCCGUUUCUGAGCUGCCUGUUCUAGAGGGUGCCUGGGAACAGUGCUUGGCCAUUGUGGGGGCAGGCCCACCCCCAGCCUCCCUAGGCCCCUGCUUGUCCCAGUCUUGGGGGGAGGAUGGUGACCCACAGCGGUCCUUAUCCUGACCUGGGUUGACCACCGUGGACCCGCUGGGUUUCCAGACCACUGCCCCCGCAGCCCCGGGGCCCAGCUGCAGGCCCUGCCCCCUUCACUGUGAAGGGCUGUCCCUCCAAGACCAGGGCAGCCCUGUCAGCCUCUGCCUUGGACCCGGCCAGGCACACCUGGAUGACUCCCAGGCCCCUGCCCCCUGAGCCGGGGCCGCCCGCCCAGGGCGCCUCGAAUCCCAGCACCCAGCACCCAAGGGCAGUGCAGCACACGGGCCCUGCCCCCGCCCCCGGCCUCACAGCCCCACUGUGAGGUCAGCACCUUCCGAUGAGUUCCGUCCAGAGGUGUGCCGCGGGGCGGGGGCUGGACAUGGCCCCCUGUCCCCAGCCUGACUCCUGCCUGCUUGGCAGCCCGCUUGGCCUGCUGUGUUUGUCCCUUUUGUCCAUCCCUGCUGCAGCUGGAACCUACUGCGAGUGCAGCCUUGGCCUCAGCCGCGAGGCCCUCAUUGCCCUGCUGGUGGUGCUGGCGGGUGUCAGCGCCAGCUGCUUCUGCGCCCUCGUCAUUGUGGCGAUUGGCGUCAUUCGAGCCAAGGGUGAAACAUGCCCUGGACACAUGGACAGCAGGUUGGUGGGGCACUUUGGGGUUCAGGAGGAUCGCAUGGACCUGCACACGGUGCACGUGGAGUCCCACCUCAUGGACCCCGACCUGGACGCCUCCAUGAUGCCUCCCCUGGAAGAUCAAGGCCUCACAGCUAUCACCAUGGACUCCGGGAACCUGGAGGAGCCGCCCGCCCCCACCACCUGAGUAGGGCUUGGGGCAGCUCAGGGAGGGGAAAUAAAUAGUAUUUAGUGCU